AUGGGCUGGCCAGUGUGUAAUACCACAGAGGCUGAAGCCAUUGAGGAGAUUCCUCUCUGGGAUGGCGGCAUUACAUUUCAUGCUCUGGCGCUCCUGGUGGGCGGCGCUUGUGCUAUAAUCGCCUGUAUUGUCUCUUUGGUCUUGAUUCUGCUACAUGCCACACAUUACAGCAAGCCGAUCGAACAGCGACAUAUUAUCCGUAUCCUAUUUAUGGUCCCCGUCUAUUCCCUCGUCGCAUGGCUCAGCAUAUUCUUCUACCAUGAUGCCGUCUACUUUAAGGUCCUCGGCGACUGUUAUGAAGCGUUCUGUAUCUCCGCCUUCUUCUCGCUCAUGUGCCACUAUAUCGCCCCGGACCUACACAGCCAGAAGGAUUACUUCCGUGGGAUUCAGCCAAAGGAGUGGCUCUGGCCGUUGAGUUGGCUUCAAAAAUGCUGCGGUGGCGAGCGCAUUUGGCGAACUCCGCGCAGUGGAUUGACAUGGUUCAAUAUUGUCUGGGUCGGCGUUUUUCAAUACUGUCUUAUGCGUGUUCUUAUGACCAUCGUUGCGGUUGUCGCACAGGCUUUCGGGGUAUACUGCGAGGAGUCGCUGAGUCCCGCAUUUGCACAUAUCUGGACCAUUGUCAUUGAAUCGGUUUCGGUCACCAUCGCUAUGUAUUGUCUGAUCCAGUUCUACCACCAGACCAGCCAAGACAUCAAGCAACAUCAGCCAUUUUUGAAGAUCCUGUCGAUUAAGCUUGUUAUUUUCCUGUCAUUCUGGCAGUCAACACUCAUCAACCUUCUCGUCUCCGAAGGUGCUAUUUCAGCGACGAAUAAAAUGGCCAUGAACGAUCUCAAAGUCGGCCUUCCAGAGCUGAUGAUCAACUGUGAGAUGGCUAUAUUUGCCAUACUUCAUCUUUGGGCCUUCUCAUGGAAGUCUUACACCCUCGCCAACCAGUCAAGCGAAGUGACUGAUUUCUACGGCAAUGGCAAGGCUGUAUACCAAGGCGGACGCUAUGGCAUAAGGGCGCUAUUUGAUGCCAUGAACCCAUUGGACCUUUUCAAAGCGAUUGGUCGAAGUGCGCGCUGGCUGUUCGUCGGCCGCAAAAGCCGUACGCUGGACCCCAGUUAUCAGCCUCAACAGUCAUUCGGCCUCCAGCCACCCCAAGAGGGCAGUGAACUCACCGAACAUGGAACAGCUUACCAUGGCGCCUCAACUGUCAUUCCCGGAGGCCGAACGGGCCGUUAUGGCGAAACGCCCUACGAAGAAGGCGAGGUGCUUCUCGCUCACGCACAACCUAACCCUGAGAUCGCGCCGGGCACUUCGCCAUAUGCGUCGGACUUAGAUGACCAUGCUCAAAACCCAUCAACUGGCUUCUACAGGCGAAGCUCGUCACCAUAUGGAGCCGCUUCGCUUCACAGCAAUGACAAUUUGUACUCGGAAUCGCCGGUCCACCCAUACCCGUCCAACGGUCCUCUCCGUGAACAAGUCCCUAUGCCCAUGCCGGAUCCUUACCACCCUCCUCCUCCAUACCCUACCACCCAUCAUCCAUGA